UAGAGACGUUACUGGCUCAGUCGCCGGGAAGCUUUUUCUGGAAGAUCAAAGAAACACCCAAAAUUAGAAUUGUUGAUGCACAAAAGUUUUGGGGUCUAAAGUUUUUUUUGCAUCACAAUCUAAUCUAGUCUGGUGUUCGUCGUCUACACGCCAAAAUCACGUAUUGCGAAGUCCAAAGAUAUGUCAAAUCUCACAACCAAGGUACACAUUUUUCUCGCAACUCGUCGAUGUGUAUGAUCUAGGUUCAGAGUUUUUUUUAUAUAAAAUUUUGAGUGAUUUAAUCUUUCGUUUCAGGGAUUUUUCAUAUGAGAUUUUAAAAAUUUCUGCUAUGAAAUGAAAUAGCUCAGCAAAAUUUUUAGUGUUGCUAAGAUUUGUUUUCAUUGUGCAAGUCCCAUGGAAAGGGACAAAUGAAUAAAAUUAAUUGCUAGUGGAGAGUGAUCAUCAAAUUCAUAUAUAGAGGAUUUGUUAGCAGAAACCUCAAGAAUAUAAUCAAUUAUUAUACAGUAUGUUGAUUAAUCAAUUAUGUGCUUAGCUAAUUUGAAUUAUGUAAGCAGUUUUGUGUCUUGCUUCUAUUAGUUGUUUGGGUUUGGCCAAUUUUUUUUUUUAAUUUAUAAAAAGAGCUUCUUAGUUUUGUUGGGUCUGAACUAUUUUAAAGCAUUCUUUUGGUGGAGGUCAUUUCUUAUCUUGACCCCUUACACAGAUAUUUAUUAUUGUUGUUGUCCUUUGAACCGUCGUUUGCUUAUUUUCUUUUGUCAAUCGUUCGCUUUCUUGUUGGUGUUAUCAAGGCUUUUUUUGAUCUUUUAUCACCUGCUCCUUUGGAACUUACUUUGUUGUAUUGGUGUUUUUGAAGAGAAACUUAAAAAAGGUUUCCUGACGUCACUAGUUUCACUCUCUCUCAGUGAAUUCACAAUGCAUGCCAGUAGUUGCAUGUUGUUCCCCCUCAAAUCAACAUGGUCUCACACUCUACCAAAAAAGAUGUCUUAACUUAAUCCUGACACACCAGCUAUGUGCUGAGCAUUGAACUUGAUUCCGAGCUUUACUUGCUGUCUUGGCCAACAUCAGUGCAUUAGCCUUUCUUGUAUUUCUGUUUGAUAUCAGGUCACUCGAGGAUGAUAAUUUGACAAUGAUCUGGAGAUUAAGGGUGGACAUUAGACAUCAAAACUGCGUUUUAGAGACCGAUGACAAAAAAUUUAAUUGUGAAUGCAAAGGUUGUGACAAAAAGGGAUUUUGUUUUCAUCACCUUAUUUAAAAGCUGAUUUCAGAAUGAGAUUAUAUCUUUGAUAUAAAAUUUUGGAUGGUAGUUCUUGGAUUCUGUUCUACUAGUGCAGCAGUUGGUACACUAUGUCAUUCGCUGCUACUAUUUAAGUUCCUAUGAUUCUCAAACUCGUUCUCUCUCAGUCUCAACGGUCAUAGUGUUUAGUCUUUACCUUCUAAAUUACUUAAGAAAUGGCAGCGAAUGAUGUCCCUUGCUGUGAGACCAUGUUCUGGGUGUACCUACUUGUAUGUGUUGUUCUAGUGGCUUUUGCAGGUUUGAUGUCAGGAUUGACUCUUGGGCUCAUGUCCCUUAGUCUUGUCGAGCUCGAGGUCAUGAUCAAAGCUGGUGAACCCCAUGAGCGCAAAAACGCUGAAAAGAUUCUUCCACUCGUUAAAAACCAGCACCUUCUCUUGUGUACUCUCCUCAUAGGCAAUGCUUUGGCUAUGGAGGCUCUACCAGUCUUUGUCGACUCUCUGCUUCCAGCUUGGGGUGCUGUCCUGAUAUCUGUGACUCUCAUACUUGCAUUUGGCGAGAUUAUACCUCAAGCUGUAUGCUCUCGGUACGGACUGAGUAUCGGUGCAAAGCUAUCGGUUUUGGUUCGGUUGAUUAUCAUAAUCUUCUUUCCAUUAUCUUAUCCAAUCAGCAAGCUACUCGAUUUGCUGCUUGGAAAAAGACAUUCUACACUUUUAGGACGAGCAGAGCUCAAGUCACUUGUCUAUAUGCACGGAAACGAGGCUGGAAAAGGCGGGGAACUGACUCACGAUGAAACAACAAUCAUAUCAGGAGCUUUGGACAUGUCUCAGAAGAGUGCCAAAGACGCAAUGACACCGGUCUCUGAGUUAUUCUCACUCGACAUAAAUUCUAGGCUCGACGAAAAGACGAUGGGAUUGAUAGCAAGUGAAGGCCAUAGCCGAAUCCCAAUUUACUCUGUCAAUGGUAGUGUUAUCAUCGGAUAUAUUCUGGUCAAGAACUUGAUCAAAGUCCGUCCUGAAGACGAGACACAGAUCAGAGAUCUCCCUAUCAGAAGAAUGCCCAGGGUCAAUUCGAAUUUACCUUUAUACGACAUCCUCAACAUCUUCCAAACGGGUCGAAGCCACAUGGCUGCUGUUGUUGGGACCAAGAACUAUACUAAUACUAACACUCCUGUCCAUGACAAGAGCAUCAAUGGAACGCCUAAUAAAGAUGCCAACGUUGUUCCUGUGAUGAACUCCAGCGAAACUAAUUGUCAAAGUCCAGUCCAAUACAUUGACAAUAUUGCUGAUGAAAAUGAAGAAGUCAUUGGGAUUAUAACUCUGGAAGAUGUUAUGGAGGAACUGAUACAGGAAGAAAUAUAUGAUGAGACAGACCAAUACAUCGAACUUCAUAAAAGGAUAACAAUAAACAUGCCAAUAUCGGGGAAUUCGCCGGAAACUGCCACUUGGGCUUCGGAGCUGGCAUCUCCUAUCUCUCCCUAUCGCUCAAGCCCUCUGUCGCCGAGCAUCAUGAUCUCUAAGCUGCUCCGGUCACCAAUAAAUUCACCUUACCGUCAGUCUCCGAUUCUCCGGCCAGCACUACACGCUUCUCCACCGUCACAACCUCCUCCCGUGCUCUCUCCGCAUAGUAACGAGCGUUAUUACUAUUUGUCACCUGGUAGGGUGUCGAGGAAAUCGUAUGAAAAGCUAUAAAUUGAAGAAAAAUGAAUUUAUAAUGUUAUGAUGACUCAUUCCAUGUUCUUAAAAAAACCAGAACAUGCGGUAUUAUAUUCAUGAAAAGAAGAAAAAGAAAUAAAGAAGGAUAAAAUAGUAUGAAAAUGUGUGGUUAUGAACAUAUCCCAAAGAUAAAAACAAAAGAUACAUAUUUUUUUUUU